UCAAUUAGUCGGGUUCCUUAUACAAAGCACAAACAUACAGGGAGAUUUAUUUUUAGAGAAAAUCCGUCCCCGUCCAGACAGGAAGCUCUCCGAAAAUCUAAUGAAGAGCGCAGCGGUCAUGCCGAGUUGUUAGUCACAACGUAACAUCGGUUAACAAAAAAGCCUCUCUUUCACUGCGAGUCUGAGGUUUUGACGACUGCAAAAAGACGAGACCUUCCAAUUUUUUUUUGUUGUUUUUUGUUGUUGUAGUGCUGUAACUGUAGCCCCGCUCUAUCUCUGCUGGACGGUGUCCAGCCCGAAGAGCCUCUUUGCCCUGCCCUCAGGCCUCCUCAGCUCGUGGAUCUCGGUGCGGAGGAACGCCUCUUUGGUGGCUGUGACAGGGAGAAUUAGGCAAGAGAUGCGGGUUCACUUGCCCUGCGUAGGGGCUUAUCUUGGGCUAAGCUGAGGGACUAAUAGCAAAGCCAGCCUCCGCUCCAGCCGGUCUGAGGGCACAGGGAGCCAUCUGUCCACUCAGUGGAUAACUGACAACAAAGGGGGCAAACAUUGAGCACGGACUACAAACUAAAAGACCGUUCAUUCCGGAGAUACCACAAAAUAAAGGAGAGGAGCAAUUAUUUUAUACACAAGGUGUGGAAUGGCGGCAGUGAUUUCUGUCGGUUUGUAGUGUUUACUUUAAAGCUCAUCAGAAAAAAAACACACACACGCCGAGAAUGUCUGACAAGGAAGAAAUGGCUUCAGAUGGGAGUCUGAAUGUGACACUGACGCUGAGGCUGCUAAUGCACGGAAAGGAAGUUGGCAGCAUAAUUGGGAAGAAAGGAGAGACGGUGAAGAAGAUGAGGGAGGAGAGUGGCGCUCGCAUCAACAUAUCAGAGGGAUCGUCUCCGGAGAGAAUAGUUACCAUCACGGGACCUACGGAGGGCAUCUUCAGAGCGUUCUCCAUGAUCGCACAGAAGUUUGAGGAGGAUAUUACAGCAGCAAUGACAAACAGCACUGUGACAAGCAAGCCACCUGUGACACUCCGGCUGGUUUUCCCAGGGAGCCAGUGUGGUUCACUGAUUGGCAAAGGAGGCUCGAAGAUCAAAGAGAUCAGAGAGACCACGGGGGCUCAAGUUCAGGUGGCUGGAGACAUGCUGCCGGACUCUACGGAGAGGGCUGUCACAAUCUCCGGCACUCCACAGGCCAUCACCCAGUGUGUAAGACACAUCUGCUCUGUAAUGCUGGAGUCUCCACCAAAAGGAGCGACUAUUCCCUACCGUCCCAAGGUCAUAGCUGCAGGAGCUCAUGCAGUUUUAGCCCCACAACACGGUGCACAAGCCUUUGCAAUUCCAGGACAGUACGCUUUUGCACAUCAAGAUUUGACCAAGCUUCACCAGUUGGCUAUGCAGCAUAUCCCCCUCCCUUCCCUUGGGCAGAGCAACCCUACCUUCCCUGGUUUGGAUGCAUCUGCCGCCACAAGUUCACAAGAGCUGGCAAUACCUAAUGAUUUUAUUGGCUGCAUAAUUGGAAGACAAGGCAGCAAGAUCAAUGAGAUUCGCCAGGUCUCUGGAGCUCACAUCAAAAUUGCCAGCGCCACUGAUGGCUCAGCCAUGCGCCAAGUCACGAUCACAGGCUCGCCGGCCAGCAUCAGCGUGGCCCAGUACCUCAUCAGCGCCAGCUUAGAGAUGGCUAAGUACACCAUGCAGGCCGCUUCCUCUGCGACCCCAGUUGACCUCAACAUGAGCUACUCUCAGUCUGCUCCCACUGCCUCCACUGCUGCUACCUCUAUGGCCGUCCUGGCGGCCUCCACCCCAGCCCCCACCACCAUUAACGUCCACUCUCCCUCCACCUUACCAGCCAUCCAAAACCCACACUACGCCGUCCCUGUUUCCAGCCUGCUUGGCAUGAAAACUCUACCCCUCCUGACUAUGCACCCGGCAGCCGCUUCCAGCCUAGCGCAGGGUUUAUCCCCUUACACCGCAAAAAUGCCAACCUCUGGGGUCAAAAAAUCUGACCGGCAGAAGUUCGCUCCUUAUUGAUGCCUCCUUUCUAAAUCUGGUUAGUGUAGCUGACUGAUAAGGCGGCAUUAAACGAGGAAAGGCUUUAAAAAUAGCUUACUCAACUGGGUACAAUUCGCAAGUGUAACAUUUAUUUUCCAUAAAUCAGGAGGCUGUAGACAGAGACUGAAACUAUGCUAGCAUAAAAGCAUGCCGUCAUCGAUUAAAAAGGCAGCAGAAGUGCAUAUUAACUCAGUAUUAUUUUAUGGACAUGCAUAACGAUUCAUGUGGGUAACUCAGGCUAGUAUCCAAGUAAAAGAUAUUUUUACAAAAGGAUUCAUUAUUUCAGAGCUUUAUAUGAAGAUUUACUCCAGGAGGUGUCUUUUCAACAAUGCAGAUUUUGACUUAGUUUUAUAUUUGUGUAGUUUUUUUGUUAGAAAAUGCAAGCUAGUAUUAAAAGACGUGGUGCUUUGUUGGCAGCAGGCUGUUAAAAUGUUGUGUACAAUAGAAGUCGGUAUGUUAAGGAUUUUAACAAGGAUUCCUCCAAUUUUCUGUCAUAUUUCCCCCCCUUUUCUUUCCACUGUAGGCUCUCAUCAGUGCUAACAGGCUUGGGUGUUCUGUAGUAGCAUUGCACUGUUGCAGUUCUGAUGGGAUUAUCUUAAAGCCACAUUGGAUUCUAGCGGAUUUCCCUCUACACAGUAAUCCUGUAGAGUGGGGCCGGCCUAACAAACUCAUUUACUGGUUCUGUACUCUAGCUUGUUUCUUGUUUAUUCUCCAGCCUGAACAAGAGGAAACGCUUCAACUUUGCGCAUCCGAAAUGGGCACUGAUCAAUUACUUUGAUAAAUGUUUUAUUCAUGUGUUCCUGGCGUGGGCCCGGCCGCCAAACAAUGCGCAUUUGCAAUAUUUCUUGAUGAAAUGACUUUGAAAUAAAUGUGACUUUUUAUGAAUGAA